AUGUCAGCCAACGGAGAGCCCAAACGUCUCAAGUCUGCCUUGGUGCAGCACAUCACUGCCCGUGCACAUGCGUCUCGUGGAGAUUUCCGAGCUGCAUUGGCUGCUGAAAAGGAGACUUAUUCAAUUUACAAUAAUCUAUUCGGUCCUGACCAUGACAAGACAAAGGAAUCGAGCGAAUAUCUCAGUCAAUUGACUAUGCAGGCAGUCGCCUUCCAAAGGAAAGUUAUGGAUGCAACUAAAGGCAACUCUGUUGGACCACUGCUGCCCGCUCAGCUCCCUCAACCCUCGUUGUCGUCGAUCCUUGACGUACUGAACAUCCUUAAUGGCAUCAUCAUUAUCUCUGUUGGCAGCAUGCCAAGUACCACUGAAACCGCCACGGAAAACAAUGAUACCAAACAGACCACAGAAUCACUCGGAAUGACCGAUGAGGCUCUCGACUAG